CCCUUCCAAAGUGAAAGACAUUUCCCAAAUAUUUCUUUAUUCGAUUUUUUAAAUCCUCGUGUCUAAAAUUCUACCCUCGCUUCCUUUUCUUCUUCUGUUUUUUUUUUUUUUUCCUUAUAUAUUCUGUCCGUCUACCCGCAUUCUUCUCACUUCCAGCUCAGUCUAACGCGGUGUUUGGAAGAAAUCUCGCGAUUACAAAACCCUGGGAGUUUUUUCUCCUCCUAUCUGGCUCUGGACAGCUGGAGAUUGGAAUAUUGGAGCCAUCUGAAUAUAUCUGCCAUUGAUUUUUUGCAGAGGAAAUGCCAAAGAAGUUCUGGAGAUUUAGGGUUUUGUCGCAUGAGGUUGAAACCAAUCUUUAUAAAUAGAUCGUGUUCUGUUUUAUCUGUUUUUACAGUGAUUGUUGUGUAGAUUUUCGGUUCAUCGAGAUUGUGAUCUCGUUUUGUGCUGAGAAAAUGCCAUCGGAAUCAGUUCUGGCUAUUUCUUGAAAUAUAGAGAUUUUGAAAAAAAAAAACUUUUGAGGAAUGUGGUGAGGGAGAAAGAAGAGAAAGGUAUGGAUAGUAAAAUACAAGAUCGGGAUGGAAUGAGUGAGAAUUCAACGAAUCCGGUCGUCUUGGAGACAGCUAUUGAGGUAAAAUCUGCUGAAAGCGGUGAAGAUGGGGUUCCGAAAGAAAUCGGUGAGAAUUCAUCGAUUCCGGCCACGCAUGAGACUGUGAUCGAGGUUAGAUCUGCAGAAAGCAGAUGUGUUGCCAGCAGAGAUGGAGAUUCAAAGGCUAAGAUUGAUUUGUUGGAAGGGAGUAAGGUCGAGAAUGUGAAAGCGAGUGUUCUUGAUACAGAGAAGGACACUUGCGUAGUUGUCGAUGUCAAAUGCAGCGAGGGUGGGUUGGUUAACGGCAAUUGUGACGCGGAGAAGGUCUGCAGGAUCUGUCACUUGAGUUCCGAGUGCCGUUCAGACGGUUGGGACUUGAUCCAGCUUGGCUGCAGUUGUAAAGGUGAACUGGGUAUGGCGCAUCGCCACUGUGCCGUGGCCUGGUUUAAGACAAAAGGCAACCGGUGCUGUGAAAUUUGCGGUGAGGUUGCCAAAAAUGUAACUGGGUUGGAAGAUGACAAGUUCAUGGAGGACUGGAAUGACAGGAGGACAUCAAGCAUUGGCAGCAGCAGCUCGAGAGAGAGAGGUAGAUGUUGGCGGGGUCAGCCUUUCUGUAAUUUCUUGAUGGCAUGCCUGGUUGUUGCCUUCAUACUUCCAUGGUUUUUCCGGGCAAACAUGUUUUGAGAGGAGCACGUCAGUGAGAGAUGUGCUAUGACAAGCAUGGCACUGUGCACAUGCACGUGUCGGCAUGUAUUGUAUGAUAUGCACAUCCCACCAUGCACAGUAGCAGUGUGCUCCUAAGUUUGGGUUUGUGCCCUCUCAGGUUUUAGGAAUUGAGCUUUUGGGUCCUUAACCAUUGGUUACUGUCCAAAAGAAAAAGAAAAGAAAAGAAUAAAAAAAAGGAAGGAGAAAAGAGGGGGAGCUAGGCCUGUUACUAUGCAGUAAUAUACACGAGGCCACGUGUGACUACAUUAUACUAGAAUUGUUUUAGGAUCCACCUUUCAGAUAAAAAUAUUGGAUUGAAGUUGGUAUACUUGAAUGGGAUUCUUGGGUUGUGAUAACAAUGCUUUUAAUCUCUUGAUUUGUAAAAUCUAUGGGAACUUGAGGGAGCCCGAUUGUACAUGGGAAUUCAGUGGUCUGUUUGAACAAGGUUUUCUAUAUAUUGCUAUCUUUGAUUUAAAUGAAAUGGUGUGUAGCUAUUCAAAGGUUGCUGGACAGUAUCCUUUGGUUUCUGGGUAA